AUGGCAUCAACUCCCCAGGACGUGGCUGUACUAUUGCAGCGCGAAGGCAGUGGGGUUUCACCAGAUGCAUACGAUGCAGCCAACGAAGCUCAAGAUGCUGUCUCAAGAAGGACAAAACUACUCUCACCAGUUCUGGAAGCUCUCAAAUCACAGGAUUCUUCCACAUUAGAAGCCACAGCCAAGGCACUCGGUGAUGGAAGCCGAGACGUUGCUUGGAGACUUCCAUAUGGAGACUCUGGCAUUCUCGAAUUCUUCCUUGAUAUCCUGGCUUCUGAGGAACAGCAGAGUCACGGUGUCAAGGUACAAGCUUUGCGCGUUACCGGGAACUCUUGUGCUGAUACGGAUGCCAACCGAGCUCGUGUUGUCGAGGGAAAGUACAUAAUCUCUUUCAUCAAUCAUUUGCAGGAUAAGAAUCUUGUUCCAUACUUGAUUCCCGUUCUCUACAAUGUCCUCGUGGACUAUGAACCUGCCCAAAUUCUUGCAUCACAGUCAAGACUCAGCAGUCAUCUCAUUGCUUUGCUCCAGUCGCCUAACUUAUCCGACUACAGCCCUUUGGUGACCUACUUCUGCAAAAUCCUGGCUCUACUUAUCACGCACGACGGUGAGGCGACUGUCGCAGACCCCAAUACGGUCUCUACUCUCCUCAGACUCGCAACUAGCCCUGCUCACAGCUCUGACAUCGAGGAUUUUAUGGCCCUUGUUUCCACUGCAGCGAGUUACCUCGCAAACGAAUCUUUCCAAGAACAACUCCUCAAGUCAAAGCAAGUGGAUGUGUUUGUCAAGGCCUUUUACAUUGCACACACUCAGUUCGAUGCUGAGCUCGAUGAUGAAGAUACGGCCAAGGAGUUAGGCCAGCUUUGCACGUCGUUGCUUACUACACUGGCGGAUUUGACUGGCAGUGAUUAUUUCCCUGCCCUCUAUCCCCUCGAGAGUUCUGUGCCCCAGUCUCUCCUGAAGUGGCUGAAAGAACCUCAUGCUAUUCUGCAGUCAGCGGCUUGUCUAGCACUUGGCAAUCUCUCACGUUCAGACCAGGCUUCUACAGCUUUCGUGCAGAAGCAUCAGGCUCAUGUUCCUCUUAUGGCGAUCCUCUCUGAUACUGAGGUCACUAAUACCCAGCUUCUCCAUUCAGCACUCUCCUUUCUCAAGAACCUUGCAAUUCCAACGCAAAACAAAUCAGUGCUGGGUGAAUUGCUAGAGCCUGCCAGUGUACCACGGAUAUUGAGUAUCGACACUCUUCCCCAAGUUCAAUUCUCGGCUGUGUCCCUACUCCGCUUACUUCUCGUCAACUCCCCCGACAACGUCCGUCGAAUUACGACGCCCAGGAUUGUGGAGGUUGAGGGGUCUUCUAAGACGCACACAACCAUUCACGAUGUCAUCUCUCUUUUUGGUCGCUCUGAUACGGAGCCAACCAGACUUGAGGCUGCACGCAGUGUCGCUACUGUAUGCCGUGUGCUCCACACCACACCUGUAGACGAAGUCCUCUCAGGAUGGACGUCUGAGAACGAAGAGACACAAUCGAGAAGUCUGUUCUAUGCUGAACAUGAUCUUUCCGAAAUUCUGUCUUUCCUCAUCACACAAGAGAAGUGGCCUAUUCUUCGGUCCGAAGCAUGGUUCGUCUUUGCCCUUCUGUCACGAUCUCAGGAUGGCGCACAGGUUGUUGCAAAGGUACUCGACGUGUCUGCAGCCAUGGAUGCUCUGAGCUUUGCAAUCACCGGUAAAACUGCAUCUGAUGAUCAAACACCUCAAAUCGAGGGCGGCAUGCCCGAGGUUCCUCCAGCUAUCCCUGAGGAACUUGCUCUGGAACCCCAACAGGUCGACCCAAAGCAGCAAGCCAACAUGGCCAAGGUGGAUAGAGAGAAUUGUCUGGUGCUGUGUACCGAAAUUGUCAAGAACGGAGAAACCCUCGAGUCAGCUCAAGUCAGCCGACUACAAAGCUUGAUUAGACAGGGAACGGAAUUGUUAGGGAAAAACGCAGAUGAGUAG